UAUGAGCCGCUACGACGUUGUUGUCUACGGAGCGUCUGGCUUCACUGGAGCCUAUGUUGUCGAAUAUUUGGUAAAUUCUGAACAAUUCGAGGGGCUUUCGUUUGCUGUCGCCGGAAGAAGCGAGAAGAAGCUCAGAGAGGUUCUCAGAAAUAUCAGCCAAAAAACUGGAAAAGAUGUGAGCAACGCCGCCGUUAUCGUCGCCGAUUCUGCAGAUGAGCGUUCUUUGAACGAGAUGGCGAGGCAGGCAAAUGUCGUUAUCAAUGCAGUUGGACCUUACCGCCUGUACGGAGAAGCCGUCGUGAAAGCGGCCGUCGAAAACGGAGCAAGCCACGUGGAUAUCUCUGGAGAGCCAGCGUGGAUUGAGAAGAUGCAACAGAAAUAUUCGAAACAAGCCAAAGAGCAAGGAGUCUACGUGGUGUCCGCGUGUGGAUGGGACUCGAUUCCAGCUGAUUUGGGAGUCAAUUUCUUGAAGAAAAACUUCCAUGGAGACCUGAACCACGUGGAAUCAUUCGUUCAACUGCUCACUGGACCAUCCGGAUACUCGUUCAAUGCUGGAACCUAUCAAACUUUGAUUCUUGGACUGUCUGGAGCAGCCACUGAUAAGCUUGGAGCUGUCAGAAAAGAGAUUAUGCCGGAAAAGAUUGUCAGAGGAGCUGUGAAGCUUCCGAAGAGACCGACUCUCUGGGAGAUUAAGGAAAAGGAGCUCAACGGUGUCGCUGUUCCAUUCCCAGGAGCCGACAAAUCCAUCAUCAACCGCUCACAAUACUACGACGCAACAUCCCGCCAAGUCCGUCCAAUCCACAUGGAAACCUACAUCCGCCUCUCAUCCCAAUUCUACGGAUAUCUCAUCGGACUCUGGAUCAUGUUCCUCUCGAUCUUCGUCAAAUACCCGUUCACCCGCCGAAUCCUCCAACAAUACCCUGAUCAAUGCAGUUUCUACAUGUUCAAGAAUUCGGGACCAAGUGCCCGGCAAAUGGCCGAAGCUUCGUUCGUCUACUGGUUCUUCGGAUAUGGAUACAAGGAAACACUUCCACUGGAUCAGCAACACGAGGGAAAAAUCAAUAGAAAAGUGUUGGCUACUUGCAAGGGACCAGAUGCUGGAUAUAUUGCCACUAGUGGUUGUGUUCUUUCCGCCGCAUUAACCCUGAUCAGAGAUAAGGACAACUUGCCAAAGGAUGGAGGCGUCUACACCACAGCUGCUGCUUUCGGAAACUCCAAGAUCUACGAUUAUUUGGCAUCAUUCGGAAUCACUUAUCAAUUGGAAUCUGAAUAUGAUCUUUAAUUUAAUGCUUGUCUUGUUUAUAUUCUGUUUUAGGGUUGUUUUAGAAAUUCCAGGUGUCAAAUCGAAAAUUGCUGGUUUUACAUUAUUAUUAUUAUUAUAAACGCAUGCUGUUUAAUCCACGUCACUUUGAACUUUUGAAUCGAAAAACACUUAUUAUUUGUGGAAUCAAAAUGUUAACAUGUGAAGUUUUUUAUUUAUUCUUCAUGUAGUAAAUGUUUUGUCCCCCCGCGCGAA